GGGUGAGCUUAAGAGGUAGGGGAUGAUUCAUUUAUAAUAUAGAGGUGGAAACUUGCUUUUGUGCCUUACUAUCGCCGCAUCAUCAAACUUGAAAAGAGUGUCCAUUUCCUUCUCCUAUCUGUUAUCAUUCAUCUCCUUUCUCUUAAAUUCCCUGGUAGAGAUUGGUAUAUGAUCAGUUUGAGACUUUGAGUUCAUUGUACAAAGUAAAUCUUUAUUGGGGAAGAGAAGAAAAAAAAAAUGGGAAGGCAACCAUGUUGUGAUAAAGUUGGGUUGAAGAAAGGGCCAUGGACUGCUGAAGAAGAUAAGAAGCUUUUUAAUUUCAUCCUCACCAAUGGUCAAUGCUGUUGGAGAGCUGUUCCUAAGCUUGCAGGACUGUUAAGGUGUGGAAAGAGUUGCAGGCUGAGAUGGACAAAUUAUCUUAGGCCAGACUUGAAAAGAGGACUUUUAUCUGAAUACGAAGAGAAAAUGGUGAUUGAUCUCCAUGCUCAACUUGGCAACAGAUGGUCUAAGAUAGCUUCUCAUCUCCCUGGAAGAACUGAUAAUGAGAUUAAGAACCAUUGGAAUACUCACAUUAAGAAAAAAUUGAGGAAAAUGGGGAUUGAUCCUCUCACCCACAAGCCAUUAACCACAACCCAAGAACAUCAUCCCCAACAGCAGCAAGAUAAGCAGAAGAAACAAGCUUCAAAGCCUGGUGAUGCCAGGUCUCAAGCACCAAAGGAACCUGAAGCUGAAACAUCUUUAAAAUCCACAAUAACAGAAGCAAAGGAGGAAGAGCCAAUGAAUAACAUUGGUAUUGAUGGUUUUUGCACAGAUGAGGUUCCAUUGAUUGAAUCCCAUGAAAUUCUGGUACCUAAUCCUGCACCAUCAAUAUCUUCAUCCUCAUCCUCUUCGUGUCACUCGUCCAUGUUCCUUGAAGAACUGCAGUUCUCUUAUUUUGAAUGGCCCUGUGAUGAUUACUUCACAAGCAACAAGGAAUUGAGCUUGUGGGAUGAUGAUUUCAACAUUUGGGAUUUUCUAAGCAAUGAUGACACCGACAAAAAGCUAGCUCUUGAUUCAUUAUCAUCUCCUCUAAUGCAGUGCCCAAGGAUGGGUUUUGAUCAAGAUUCUUGCCCAUAUCAACUUCUCUAAUUUAAUUUGAGGUUUUUUAUUUUUAAUUUCAAUGUGGCUCUUAUUUGUUGUAACUUGCCUCUCACUUGUCAUACAAAGAGAAAGAAAGAAAAAUAAGAUACCAAGAAUGAGUUGCCAAAAACCCA